GUCGCUUUAGUACAUUCAGUACAUAAGAGUUGUUUAGCAACCAAUAUGUUAAUAUUCUCCAGCUACUGCACACCCCUCUAGGCCAGCAGGAGCCGUGUUUUCAAUGUAGUAUUCUUCUUCCAACAACCACUGGAAAAGAUGGCGGAAGUGGAGAAGGAUGGUGAUUCUGCGGCUGACAAAGAUGACUUACAGAUCUUAAAGGUAUUGUCAAAUAUAACGCUAUAAUCCCUGCAUGUAAUAUAUAGUCAUGAGUUUUCUUAACCUGACUAUUUUAAUGAACGUCUUAUCUAACGUUAGACAUAGCCCUUCUUUCCUUUGAUGGUACGUUAGCUAGUUAGCUCUCCUCCACUGGUUACUAUAACAACUGACACCAACUGUCAUAUUAAUCGACCAAAAUCUGUUUGUGGUUGAUUUUAGAAAUCUUCAACCCGAGUUGGUUGUCUAUAAAUCUGCCGAGCCAUCCGUUUUCUCUAUAUGUUUAUACAUCAAGGUCCUCAGUUAGCUAUCUAGCUUUGUAUGGUGUGCAACGUUCUUACAAUCUGUCUCCAUCUUGGCUACUAAUAGCCAGCUAACGUUAGCGCCUGAGACGUCUAGAUGCAGCCGUCUAAGUUAGUUAGCCAAACUUGCUGUGUCAUCAUCCUUCAUAGCCCAAAAUGUAUUCUUAAGGAGCCUACCUUUACUCCUUAAGGUCCAUGGUCAGGACCUUAUAUGAUACUGUAUCUUCAGAGGUAGACUCUCUGGCAGCGAAAUACUCCAUCUAAACGUGAAUCGAUUCUAAAUUGCGAUACAUUUCUAGAAAAGCCCUUUACUUUCAUAUCACAUAAAAAUAAUUUCACAAAUGCAAAAGAUACACUUACUGUACACCGUUUUAACCGGCUUUAUCACAGUUGUAGCCGAAAGUAUUGUUGAGUGACUACACAUUUCUGGCAGCCUUCUUCCAUUACACACAGGUGUUCGGAUGCCAGAUAGCUAAUUAGCACAGGUGGUCCCUCUGUCUUCCGUCUGUCUACUGUAAACACUCGCUGUAACAUGGAGAUAUGGCCGUGUGGGAACACAACUAAUCCUAACCCUAUAAAGGUGUGUAUCAAUCUAACCUUUUAUUUUUGAAAGUUAUAUCUCACUGCUAUGGAAGAUACGGUUCUUAUGCUUUCAAAACCCUACCGCGAGCGAUGCAUGUUAAUGUUAAGACUGACAGAAGACGCCUUCUUGAAAUGCAAUGUAAUGGAAUUUAGAGUCAUGAUCAAGGGCUACAUCCCUCAUUGCCAAUGAGCAUGCAUCCAAUCAUGCAAGGGUCCUAGCCUCAUCAAGUAAAUUUGCAGUCCAGUCCUAUUCAGCAACACAUUGCAAAAUUAUAUUCUUGUAUCAUCUGCCUCUCAUCAUGCAUCUAGUUUCUCUCUCUGGUAUCAAUACCAUGGUAUCAAUACCAGUUUCCCUCUCUCUUUCUGGGUCAGGAACUAGUGGAUGAGUUGUAUCAUUUUCGGGAUCAUUACUUUGAGACUCAUAGUGUGGAGGAUGCAGGGAGGAAACAGAGUGAUGUGGCACAGGAGAUGGAAAAGACUCUAAUGAAGCUUGGGGAGAAAGGAGGUGAGAUAACAGAACCGAAAAGGAAGGCUUGUUGUGGUUUAGUAACUACACAUGUAAAAAUAAUAUACUGACAUUUUGCAUGCUAGCUUUGUAUCCAUUUGGCAUUUUAAUGUUAAGUUACACAUAUUUUACCGCACUAUUCAGUACUCACACUUGCCUGACUAGAGAGGGAUCUCUUUAUGCAUUAUUUAUUAAUCAAUGACUUACAUAACUAAGAUUCUAUUUGUGGCCACCCAUCUCAUCCAGUCUUAUAAGCACUAUUGACGUCCACCAGCCAGCUCUCUCAUGCAGUAGCAAUUGAGGCUGGGGAAGAGGUUAUAUAAGCACAGUGCUGACUGAGUUUAGCUUUGCCUCCAUUUGACAUCUAAUAUGUGGGGUUACAUCUUUAAACACACAAAAUAAUUCAAUUGACUAGAGAAUCAUCUCUGUCAUCCCUUUGUCUUCUCCAGAGUCGUAUAAGCACAGCGCUGAGUUCCUGCUUCUGCGGGGCCGCUGCCUCGGGGUGGCUCCAGAGUUUAGCACCACCGCCGAGGAGUGCCUGUCCCGGGCCGUGAAGCUGGAGCCUGGGCUGGUGGAGGGCUGGAACACCCUGGGGGAGCAGUACUGGAAGAAAAGAGACCUGACCACCGCCAAGACCUGCUUCACUGGAGCCCUGCAGCAGGUUAGCAAUACAUUUUAUUUGCAUAGCUGUGCGUUAUUUAAUUUAUAGACAGCAGGAAUUACAAAGCUUUUGAGGUUAACUGGAGAGAGAGAUGUCAGCUGUUUCUCUCAGCCUUCCAAGCCAUAACUCUUGCUCUCCCAUUGUUUCCACCUUUCUUUGUCUCUCUCUUUCUUUGUUUCUUUUGUUCACAAAGGUCUCUUUUAUCCUCUAUUCUUAUAUCAUUUAAAUUGACCUACACCCAAACCAAUAUCCAUUGAUAAUUAUUUUUUAAGGAGUGGGGCAGAUACUUUUUUUGUUUGUUGCUUUAUUGAAAAGCGAGUGCAGUGAUGGAAAGAUGGGGACUAUAAAUGAAGGGUGAGUCAAAGGGCAGUGGGCCGGAUUCGAACCCAUGCCGAAUCUGGCAUACGUUUGCUGGACCACACAGGCCACAAUAUCCCAUUUUUAAAAAAAGUUGACUUUUCAUGGUUUUCUGUAUUAUCCUUAUUACAUUUAUUUUCUCCCUUCCUCCCAGAGUAAGAACAAGGUGUCUCUACGCAGUCUGUCCAUGGUGCUGAGGCAGCUACCAGGAGGGGGCGGUGAUGAGCAGGGGAAGAGGGUGCUGGAGAGUGUGGACAUGGCCAGGCAGGCUGUCCAGCUGGACGUCACUGACGGAACCUCCUGGUGUGAGUAUGAUGGGUAGUCUCAUAACAGAUAUUCAUAUUUUACAAUGGUGAUGGGUUUUGAGAAUAGAGUGUGGGGGACAUGGGGUUACUGGGGUGGAGUAUGGGUACAGUUACAUACGAUGGAGGUGUGGAUGGGUCUAAGCAUGGAGGGAAAUUAUUUUGGCUGUAAUUCAUGUUCUCGAAAGAGAGGAUAAAAGAACAGCGGUUUAUGUAAAUGUUGGUAUGAGAAGAAUGUCUUAUAGUGCUGAAUAUGAGUGGAACGUUGAUGAUUUAUUGGUAUAUUUUGACAGACAUCCUGGGAAACGCCUACAUCUCCCUGUUCUUCACCUGCGGACAGAAUCCACAGAUGUCUCAACAGGCUCUGAGUGCCUAUGCACAGGCUGUGAGUGUAUAUAUCUACACACACACCAAACUGGGUUGUUUUUACAAAGCCUGACAGGACCGUAUGGGCGGGUGAAUUUGAUUCUCAGGCAAUAACCAUUGUUCAGCAACCCUAUAUAAUUCCUUCCCUUUCUGUUCUCUCUCUCUCAGGAGAAAGUGGACCGAACAGCAACCUCCAACCCCGAUCUACACUUCAACAGAGCCACGGUAACACAUUGUUUACAUAUUCUGUUAUGAUUGUUACAAUAGGCAUGUGAUAAAUGAAUUCCAUUAGAAAAAUGCAUGUGAAAGAAAACUGAAACUAAUGAUUGUACCAUGCAUGUGUCCCCUCCUUCAGUUGUUCCAGUAUGAGGAGAUGUUUGGGUCUGCGCUGGGGGGGUACAGUCGGGCUGCGGCCCUGGACCCCGCGUGGGAGGAGCCUCCAGAGAGGGAGAGACAGCUGCUGGAAUACCUGGAGAAACUCACAGCACUCACAGAGAACAAGGUAGGACAGGAGAACCGGCACACAUUCUCAUAGAUAAACUGGACAGGGCACAUCAGUCUCCAACCUACAUCUAUCAGCAGUUCAUGGGAUCUGUGUAGGAUGUAAAUAAAGAAAUACGAACGCAUUUCUUGGCAACUCUUUAUUACCAUUCACUAAUGCAAAGGAAAGUGUGCACCAGUGACUCGGUUAAUAAGGAAGUGGUCAGAUGACGCAGAUGCUAAGCUACAGGACUGUUUUGCUAGCACAAACUGGAACAUGUUCCGGGAUUCAUCCGAUGGCAUUGAGGAGUACACCACAUCAGUCACUGGCUUCAUCAAUAAGUGCAUCGAUGACGUCGUCCCCGCAGUGACCGUACGUACAUACCCCAACUUACAUACCCCAACUUAUAUACCCCAACCAGAAGCCAUGGAUUACAGGCAACAUCCGCACUGAGCUAAAGGGUAGAGCUGCCGCUUUCAAGGAGCGGGACUCUAACCCGGACGCUUAUAAGAAAUCCCGCUAUGCCCUCUGACGAACCAUCAAACAGGCAAAGAGUCAAUACAGGACUAAGAUUGAAUCGUACUACACCGGCUCUGACGCUCGUCGGAUGUGGUAGGGCUUGCAAACUAUUACAGACUACAAAGGGAACCACAGCCGCGAGCUGCCCAGUGACACGAGCCUACCAGACGAGCUAAAUCACUUUUUUUCUUUUUUUUUAUACAUUCAUUCACUACUAUGCUCGCUUCGAGGCAAGCAACACUGAAGCAUGCAUGAGAGCAUCAGCUGUUCCGGAUGACUAUGUGAUCACGCUCUCCGACCAACUGGCAAGUGUCAUCACUGACAUUUUCAACAUGUCCCUGACGGAGUCUGUAAUGUCAACAUGUUUCAAGCAGACCACCAUAGUCCCUGUGCCCAAGAACACUAAGAUAACCUGCCUAAAUGACUACCGACCUGUAGCACUCACGUCUGUAGCCAUGAAGUGCUUUGAAAGGCUGGUCAUGGCUCACAUCAACACCAUUAUCCCAGAAACACUAGACCCACUCCAAUUUGCAUACCGCCCCAACAGAUCCACAGAUGAUGCAAUCUCUAUUGCACUCCACACUGCCUUUUCCCACCUGGACAAGAGGAACACCUACGUGAGAAUGCUAUUCAUUGACUAUAGCUCAGCGUUCAACACCAUAGUGCCCUCAAUUUAUUUUAUAUUUUAUUUUACCUUUUAUUUAACUAGGCAAGUCAGUUAAGAACAAAUUCUUAUUUACAAUGACGGCCAAACCCGGACGAUGCUGGGCCAAUUGUGCGCCGUCCUAUGGGACUCCCAAUCACGGCCGGUUGUGAUACAGCCUGGAAUCGAGCCAGGGGGUCUGUAGUGACGCCUCAAGCACUGAGAUGUAGUGCCUUAGAUAGCUGCGCCACUCGGGAGCCCUCAAAGCUCAUCACUAAGCUAUGGACCCUGGGACUAAACACCUCCCUCUGCAACUGGAUCCUGGACUUCCUGACGGGCCGCCCCCAGGUGGUAAGGGUAGGUCCCGUGUAGCUCAGUUGGUAGAGCAUGGCGCUUGCAACGCCAGGGUUGUGGGUUCGUUUCCCACGGGGGGGGGCAAUAUGAAAAUGUAUGCACUCACUAACUGUAAGUCGCUCUGGAUAAGAGUGUCUGCUAAAUGACUAAAAUGUAAAUGAAUGUCAGACAAAAUAUAUAAUAAAAUGUAACAACACAUCUGCCACACUGAUCCUCAACACGGGGUGCGUGCUCAGUCCCCUCCUGUACUCCCUGUUCACCCAUGACUGCAAGGCCAGGCACGACUCCAACACCAUCAUUAAGUUUGCCGACGACACAACAGUGGUAGGCCUGAUCACCAACAACGAUGAGACAGCCUAUAGGGAGGAGGCCAGGAAAACAACCUCUCCCUCAACUUGAUCAAGACAAAGGAGAUGAUUGUGGACUACAGGGGGGGAAAAAAAAUAGGACUGAGCACGCCCCCAUUCUCAUCGACGGGGCUGUAGUGGAACAGGUUGAGAGCUUCAAGUUCCUUGGUGUCCACAUCACCAACAAACUUUCAUGGUCCAAACACACCAAGACAGUCGUGAAUAGGGCACGACAAAGCCUAUUCCCCCUCAGGAGACUGAAAAGAUUUGGCAUGGGUCCUCAGAUCCUCAAAGUUCUACAGCUGCACCAUCGAGAGCAUCCUGACUGGUUGCAUCACUGCCUGGUAUGGCAACUGCUCGGCAUCCGACCGCAAGGCACUACAGAGGGUAGUGCAUACGGCCCAGUACAUCGCUGGGGCCAAGCUUCCUGCCAUCCAGGACCUCUAUACCAGGCGGUGUCAGAGGAAGGCCCUAAAAAUUGUCAAAGACUCCAGCCACCCUAGUCAUAGACUGUUCUCUCUGCUACCGCAUGGCAAGCGGGUACCGGCGCGCCAAGUCUAGGUCAAAAGGCUUAUUAACAGCUUCUACCCCCAAGCCAUAAGACUCCAUGAACAGCUAAUCAUGAGCUACACGGACUAUUUGCAUCUGUUAAGCUGCGUAUUGUUUAUUAUCUAUGCAUAGUAACGGUAAAAUUAACACAUGUACAUAUACCACGACGAACCGGGGCAACAUGACCAACAUUGACUCUGUACCGGGACCCACUGUAUAUAUAGCAUCCCUACGGUAUGUUAUUUUACUUAGGUUCUUUAAUUAUUUUGAUAUUUACUUAUCUAUUAUUUCUCUAACUGCAAGGGUUGUCUAAGGUAUACAUUCACUGUAGGCUACUACCGUACGCUAGCAAUACCCUAGUAUUCCUGGUAUAUAUUACCCUAUGUAUGGUCUAAGGGCAUCCGUCUAAGGCACUGCAUCGCCUUGUGUAAAGAUCCUGGUUCGAAAUGUCGCGCGACCAGAGAACUCAUGGCCCGCGCACAUUGGCCCAGCGUCGUCGGGUUGGAGGUGUAAUUGGCGGGGAUGAGUCCAGUUGUUUACGACAUGCGUUUGCAACGCGGUUGCGUUGAUUCCACGGGGGCCCUAUAAUAAAACUACUAUAAAAUAAUAAAAAAAAAUUAAAAAAAAAAAAUAAUUAAACUACAUAUUAAUAUUUGUUAGCUACUGAUAAGUCCUUGGAUAAGGUCUGCUAACCUAAAAUGUGAAAAUGUAAAAAAAUUAGAUUAUGUAUUUCAUUCACCAGUAGGUGGCGGCAGAGUACUAUGCUUUCCCACUGGUUAGUCUGCUACACUUUCACCCAUACAGGGGAAGGUGAAGGCCCGGCGCCUGCGAACGAUGCUCUCCAACCUCAGCACGUUGGCCCUGGGGCCGUGCUCCUCCCCUCAGUUCCGCUCCCCCGCAGGCCGCAUUGGGAGCCUGGAGCCCCGCAACCUGUCUGCCCUGACACACGGCCACAACGCUGGGGUGGCUGCCCUGGGCAAGGUGGUGUUCAGCCUGGCCUCUGAGGGACGCAUGGCCUUGUGAGUUUACCUUCUUCUAGUGAUAGAUCUGUAAUGUGGGACCUGCUGUGUACUUUGUGUGUCUUUGUUUGUAUACAUGUUUCUUUAUGCAUUUAGAGAAUGAUAGCGUUUUGUGUCCCUUCACUUUAAAAAAAAUAUUGUUUUCAUACUAUACAGUGCAUUCCAUUGGUUGAACAUGGAGUUUUAUGAUGAGUUGUCCUCUUACUGUACGUUAUCUAUGGUGGAUAGACAGUAAUGUGACUGUCUCUCUGCCUCCCAGUACGUUUGGCAUGGUGGACAGUGAGGAGACCUGCUGUGUGAUCAUGGUCUAUAACACAGCAGACAGUUGGGGUGUUCUGAUUGGAGACUCAGUGGUCAUCCCAGAGCCCCAGGUCAAACGCCACAGUGUAACCCACAACAACCAGGUCAGUCCCUCUCUCCAGCUUACAUGGACCACUGCACACGACUUGUGAUAGGAAUAUUCCUAACAUGAUGUUUGAUGAGUGGCGCAGCAUCUCAGUGCUUGAGGCGUCACUACAGACCCUGGUUCGAUUCCAGGCUGUAUCACAAUCCGGACGUGAUCCCAUAGGGUGGCGCACAAUUGGCCCAGCGUCAUCCGGGUUUGGCCGGUGUAAGCUGUCAUUGUAAAUAAGAAUUUGUUCUUAACUGACUUGCCUAAUUAAAUAAAGGUUCAAUAAAAAAAUAAAAAAGUGAAAACAGGUCAGUGUCUACAGCAAAAUGCAGUACUUGUGCUAUAAACAUACACAAAGCAUCUGACUAGAAUACAAACUGUGUUUGCACGGUCCAAAGACAGAAAUCCUCUCUGCAUUUUGUUAAUGAAACAUCAUACCUAACGCAAAUCUUGAUACUCACGACAUUUCUGAUUCUCUGAUAUUUUUUCUCUUCUCCCCUGUGCCUCCUGCAGACGUUUGACUUCCGCAGUAUACGAGUGGACUCCCCCCUACUCCUCAUCGUCAAUGGCAAGAGACAGAACGUCCAGGCUCAGACUGCAGCCUCCGUCAGUUACAAGCCCCAGAGUGAAUAAGAGGAGGGGGGUAGAGGGAGGGGGGCGGAGGGAAG